UCCUUUUUGUUUCUUUUGCCUUCUUUUGGCGCCCGCGGGGUCCCUACGCCUUGUGAGGGUGCCGCGGACCAAUUCGAGAAUGUGUUCUGUCUAAAUAUUAUUAAAAGUAUUUUAGAACGCAUCUUAGAAUUUCCACGAGUUAGCAAACAUGGGUCUCAGUCUCCUCUUCAAGCCCUGAGAUCCAUGGAAGGGGUACGUUGCGUGGUGUGGGCGUAUGACCGUAUUUCAUCUCUUUGAUGACCUGGCCGGGCGGCUUGCUAUUUUUUGCGGCUCCCCCAACACCAUACCACCUGCAACUCACCCAUCUCGCAGUGCACGGCACACAGCACUUGAGGCCCGCACACGAAGAUUAUGGGGGUACCUACUUUCCGAGAUCUACAAGGACGACAUGGGACACUGCGAGGCCGAAUUGCAAUCUCCGCAAAACGCUCGAACAGCAGGCGCAUCCCGUGAGCAGCCCGCCAAAAUUCCGAGCAGGGAGAGCCCCACGAGCUGCCAUCCAGGUAUCACAGGUCAAAUCCGCAUCUGCUGACUCGCUACAGUCCUCGCUCUCCCGCACGUCAUCUUCUUUCGAAACCCUCGAGGCCGUACCCGGCUCGAAAAGCGCUCCGAGACGAGCCUAACCUCCGCAUCCCAGAUGAGAUCACGAUCGGGCCCCUACAACCCAUACUACCCGAGCUUGCCAGCUUGUCCUAGAGUACCAUAUUGGCGCAGAAAUCCCAAUCCCCUCACACGGGUAUGAGAUU